CGUUGGAACCGUAUGGCGUAUUUUAUACGUAUGACAUUUUUAGGGUUUUCAUGAGUCCCCUUCGCUCUCCCCUCUUUAAAACCCUGCCGUCUGCUCCUCCCUUUCUUCUUCGUCUCACAGCAGAGAGAGAGCGAGAGAGAGAGAGCGACAAUGUCUCUCAUCGCGAACGAAGAUUUCCAGCACAUUCUCCGUAUCCUGAAUACUAACGUUGAUGGGAGGCAGAAGAUCAUGUUCGCUCUCACCUCCAUCAAGGGUAUCGGGCGCAGGUUCGCCAACAUCGUCUGCAAGAAAGCUGAUGUGGACAUGAACAAGAGAGCUGGUGAACUGUCCGCUGCUGAGCUUGAGCAACUUAUGACGAUUGUUGCGAACCCCCGGCAGUUCAAAAUCCCAGAUUGGUUUCUCAACAGGAAGAAGGAUUACAAAGACGGGAGGUACUCUCAGGUUGUUUCAAAUGCGUUGGACAUGAAACUGAGGGAUGAUUUAGAGCGUUUGAAGAAGAUCAGGAACCACCGUGGUCUUCGUCACUACUGGGGCCUCCGUGUCCGUGGGCAGCACACCAAGACAACCGGCCGUCGCGGGAAGACUGUUGGUGUGUCAAAGAAGCGAUGAGGAGUCUUUCAUUCCGCUGUUGCUUUUGCGAGCCUCUGCUGCUUUUGUUUGGGUUUCUCACAUGAACGACUUGUCCGCAUUCUUUUUUGAUGGAGUCAUAUAUGUUAACUAUGGGAGUUGAAUUUUGACAUUAUUAUGUCCAGUGUUGCCUUCA